GUCUAAGUCACGAAGGAAGCAUGUGAUGCAUUCUGACAGUUAUUUGAGUAUUUAUCCUGGGGCGAUUUUGGCUGUACUUGUACUUAUUGGUUUUGCUUAGCAGAUCAUUGGAAGUUCGUCGGUGUCGAUUGGGAAGCGUGUAGAAGAUGCAGCUUAUUACGACAGUUGUGUUCGCUAUUAGCUUGCUAAGUGUCCCAGGCGAGACUCGACCUUGGGUCCACAGCUCGUUGCAAGAAAAUCCAUUAUCUUCCGACAUAAAAACAGAUCGGCCCAUCAUAGGUGAGUCAUGCAUAUGAUCGUGUUGUGAGAUUUAAUUUUUCUUUAAGAGGAGAUCCGAGGUAACCAAAGCCCCAAAAAUCACGUAGUUGCCUUCAGUGAUAUUGUUUUACCUUAAGUUUGCAACGAAGGAUCUGCUGAAUUUAUUCAGAAUAAUUAUAUCUAACGAAAAUACAAUUACUUUGGUGUUUAUCCUUCUCAGUAGGAGAAGUCGAAGAGCUGUAUUGAAAUUUUUUUUCAAAGUGGUCUUUGAAAAAAUUAACAAGUUAGAGAAGUGAUUUUACUCCAUUCUUUUUCCUGCUGAGGCUAAUUGAUAUGUCACUUGAAAUUAUUAAAUAUUUUUCUGCAUAUGACAUCAGAAUCCAGUCUUGCAUUUAUUUUUAUUGUGUUUUGUUUUACUGUUGAAAGGAAUUCUGGCCCAAAACACAGAUGGCUAUGUCCAGACUUUUGGGCCAACAUACAUUGUUGCCUCUUACAUCAAGUACAUAGAGUCUGCUGGAGGAAGAGUUGUACCAAUUCGGUAUCCUUUAACACAAGUGUAAUAUUCUGCAAUUUAUUUUUAGCUCACAAAGUGAUUGGUUAGAUUGAAUAUGCACUUUUUGGAUUAAAAUUGACAGCUGUAGACCAAGUUCAGUCUGCUGUGAAGUGUAAAACCUUAGCAGAGAGUAGGUAGGUAGGUGAGAAGGUACUUUAUUUCUUCCACAUUAUACUCAUGAGUUCAAGACUGAUUUAAAUGUGAACAUGCUAUAGGGUAGGCCUGAAAAGGGCUUUUGUCGGUUGGAGACAGUGGAUAUUUCAGCACAUCAAAAAGAGGUCAUUCUGAGAGUCAAAGGGUAUUGUUUUUGUCGGUCAAUUGUCUUAUUGGUAGUCUGGUCUGUGAAACAGUUAAUUAAUAAGUAAUGGUUGUCAAUUGUAUUUGAUCAGUUUCCUUUUGGUUAUUAAUAAGCAGAGCUUGGUUUUUGGAUGCCUUUUCCAACCAUCUUUUUCCCUCCACUUUCUCCUUACUUUACACAUGUUGUAAAAUUUUGCAUAUUUGUCAAUUACCACAAUGCAUAAUUCAUUCUUGAUUAAUUGAGGGGAAAUUAAUAUGGUUUUAUGAACAAUCCCAAGAUCAAAAUAUCCUUGGUAAUCAUGAAAUUUGUGUUAAUUUCAUUUGAAUUAUUCAGCUUCUGAGAAGUCGUGAUUAUUAAAUGGGACAUGUCAUGGAGUAUUAGAGGCUGUAUAAUUAUCAAUAAGUGUCAUUAUAAUUUAUAUUGUGAGAAGGCUGUUUUUAUUAACUAAUGGCAGAAACAACUUGACUGAGGAUCAGUUAGAAGAUUUGUUUAAGUCAAUCAAUGGGUGAGAUGACUAAAAGAAGUCUUAAUUUUAACAUAGUGUGCACUCAUCUGGUAGCCACAAAUUAUUGUUGAACAAUUUUAAAUUAAUUGAGAUUGUUGGAUGAAAGCAGUGUGAAGUUAACCCAUGAACUGGAAGACAUUUUUGGAACAAUCACAUAUUUUUGAAAACGUAUUGUGCCACAUCCGAGCAACUAUUGCAUGAAAUAAAUUUACCUGAGGAUGUAAAUUUAAGAUAUCCAUACUUAUGUGACAAUAACAAACGCUUGGCUAGGUUAGGCACAUCUUGUGGCUCAAAGCCUAGUUUGAUCUAAAAUUCUCCCAUCAAUUUCAGUUUGUUUCAGAUCAUGAUAAUUAUCAAUACAAGCCAAAGAAAAAUUAAGAUCAAAGUAGUUUUAAAAAUUUUAAAUCAAAUGAAUAUGUGAACAACAGCAAAUUUGAUAAAUAUUUAUGACUAAUUUUCUCUUAAUCCUUUAAUACCCAUAAGUGGCCAAGACAGAAUUUUGUGUUACAAUAUCAAUACAAUGUCAACCAGAUAAAUGAUGAGAAUAAAGAAAAUUAUCAAUUAGGGGAUAAUUAGUUGAUCCAAUACUAAAUUCUCUGAACGAACAUUAUAAGAAUUAGAUGGUUGACAGUAAGAAGAAUUACAAAUUUGAUCUGGGAGUUAAAGGGUUAAUGUGUUUUCUUUUUGGAUAUAGCGUCUUAUUUCCAGGUGGUGGAGCAGAUAUAUAUGACUCGCCAUACUCAAGAACAGGCAAUAUAAUCUUUAAUCUGGCAAAGAAGGCCAAUGAUGCUGGAGAUGUCUUUCCACUCUGGGGAACUUGCUUGGGAUUUCAGUUUCUCAGUGUUCAAGGAGCUGGUGGAAGAAAAAUUACUUCAGAUGUGGAUGGUCAAGAUUUUAGUGUUCCUUUGAAUCUCAGUGAAGGUGAGAAUUUAAACAACAUUUUAUUAUUAUUAUUAUUAUUAUUAUUAUUAUUAUUAUUACAAGAAAUUCAAGUGGUGUUUUCAGUAUUAGAUCUUGAGUCCUUUCCUCUCUUAUAUUUCUAGGUUACAAAUCUAGUCGCCUUUUAGGAUCUGCACCUGAAAACAUAAUAACUUACCUGAAAACAGACAAUGUUACUUAUAACCAUCACAGGGAGUGUAUAUCUACAAAGGCAAGUAUAUAUUUUAGGUUGGAUUGUUCGUAGAUUAGAGGUCUAAUCACAUACAAAGGCUACAUAAGGGUGAUUAAAACACCUAUGGUUACCAUGUAUCCCUCUUGCUCUAAAACUGGUAAAUUUUUUACCAUUUGAGUUUGGUUUGGGUCUUGAUUUUGAUUUUUUUUUUUAAUUUAAAAUUUUUUCUUUAACAUGUAACUAGUUUGACUCUGAAAAAAAAAAAAAAAAAAAGAAAAACAGGGAGAAAUCAGUUGCUUUGGUCUAAAACAGGAUAAGGGUUCCUGGAAGCAUGCUAAGUAUUUUCAACACUGAUUUUCUCCUUACAAAUUUGAAUAAAUUGUUGAUUAAAUAAGUGAAAAAUUAAAUUAUUUUAUGAAAAUCAUCAAUUACUAAUUCUCAUACUAUUACAUUAGCAAUAUAUUUUUAUAUAUUUUGGCUAUAUGUAAAGGGAUUAAUAGCACAUCCAAGAUGAUUUUGGAUUAUGCAUGAUGUUUCCCAUUCAAGCUCUCUGCUACACUUGGUUUCUUACCUUCCCAAGGUCAGCUCUGAAUGGAUAACCAACUGUGUGCCCCCUUACUUGCAAUAUUUCUGUCACCUUAUCUUUUCAACCUCUUUAUGUUAUUCUUUCCCUGUCUGCUUUUUUGUACUUGACCUGAAAAGCCCACCUGAGAUAUCAGUCUACUGCCUGAUGUUAUCAUGAUUAUGUAUGACAGUAGGACAAAGAGUUUUCUUUUGAAAGAUAGUGACGUCACAAUAUUAUCAUUUUAGACAUAUUCACAAGAUGAGCAGUUAAAGAAGUUCUACAAUUGUCUAUCAACCAACAGAGGCAAGAAAGGAAAGGAGUUUGUAUCAACAAUGGAAGGUAGGGCUUUCCUGACAGGUUAACAGUAUCCAUUUAUAUUCCUGCAUGGAGAGAGGCACUGUGGUAGACAAUUGUCUUGCUCAAAAUACAGAACACAAUGACCUGGCUAUGUGGAUGUCUCUAGCAUGGUCUAGCAUGCUCACUGUGAGGCUGUAGAUGCUCCCAUGCUAAAAAUUAAACCAUCCCAUUUCUGUGGCCACUCAAUAAAAAUUUGACUGUACAUCCUCCAUGUAUGGAUAUUUUCAUGGGCUACCAUAUUAAAGGUCUCUUAUCAGUAUUUCUCAUCUUCCAAAGCAUAUGAUUAUCCAUUUUAUGGUACACAAUGGCAUCCUGAAAAGAACUCUUUUGAAUGGACCCUUCAUGAGGCCAUAAAUCAUUCUGAAGAAGCUGUAGCAGUUACACAGUAUGUGGCAGAUUUUUUUGUCAACCAAGGUAAGUGCCCUAGUCACACAAUCUGAUUCAUUCCCCAUUUCUAUGUAUAAUUACGUCUUCCUUGCAUCACCUAACCCCACAUUUAUGCAGUCUUGGACAACAGAGUGAAUCAUUCCUUUUGAGUUCCCCUUAAAAGGCCAAAUUUUCAGCAAGAAAGGUGUGUGAGAUUUGCCAUGUGUCUGGGGUCUGGGACAACAAAAAAGUAAUUGACUCUCUUGUGUGGAUUCAAGCCCCAGCUAAUAAGAUUUCUUCCUAAAGAGAAAUUACUGUAUGUGUAAUCCUCCCUAUUUUGCCUCUUGAGAAAAGACAACCUUGGAGGCAGGGUUGUCUCAACUACCUGCCACCACAUGAAACCAGUUGGAAAUAUUCCAAGGCUCUCUGUACCUAAAGGGUGAUAGACAUUUGGCUUAGAUAUUAAAUCAUGAUUCCGUUCUCAGCUCGUCUAAGUGGACACAGAUUUCCAAGCAAGGAGGAGGAAGAUGCUGCGUUGAUUUACCACGAUAAUCCAAUCUACUGUAAACCGGAAUUAACACACUUUGAGCAGUGCUACAUUUUCUAGAGAAGCCUAAUGGCUUGAGCAUCAUUUUAAAUAAGGGAGGUUUUGAAUGUGUGUCCAACACGAGCUAAAGUAAUUACUGUGGAAUCAAUUAAUUUCAGUUCAAUCAAUUAAUCAAUUAAUCAGUUAAUUUCUUUAACUAAUCGGAUGCAAGACCAUAAAAACUAGUAAAUCUUGAAUGGGUCAUAUAUGUUAAAGGGCGCCUUUCGAUCGAGUGGUGAUGCACUAAACUUUAAGUAAUUGCAUGGGCCAAUAAUAAAUAAGAGAAAUAUGAUAGAAGCCAACGAGAAUUCAAAGCGACUACAUAAAAUGUAUUUAAGGCACAAGAAAAAGUGACAGAGUCGAGAUGGUUUAUAUUUACUUUUGCUUUUGAUUGAGAGGGUGUCCCGAGAUUUGUCUAUAUGCAAAAAAUGUUUAUUUUAUAAUAUGUCCAUUGUUUCUAUGGUCACCGUGGUAGGACCAUUUGGAAUUUAAUUCGGCCAGUAAUCAUUAAGUGAUCACAGAAAAUUAGAUAACCGCGAAAUAAGGGUCCGGUUUGUUGAUUCCGAGUUUGAUAACUCACCGAAUUGGACGGCACAAAGUCCUGUUUUUAUCUCAUAAAAACUAUGACAACAAAUAGAAGGGAAAUACUUGUUGGUUCAACUCAUUCAUUAAAAAUAAUUUCCAGAAUUUGUCCUAUUUUCCAUGUUUAAAAUGAAGUUUAUGAUGCAUAGACUGUCUCAUUGUUAGUUUGAUGCGCACACUGGUCUAUUUCUCUUAAUACACCUUCAAUAUCCAAUAAAAUUCGAGAAUUUUUAUUAGUUUUGAUUACCAUGAAGGUAAACCAUUGUGGCGAGCUCCGGCCACAAGUAAGAAAUGAUAUUUUCUUUUAAGUGGACACUAAUGAGGCUUUAAUUGGGAAGAUCGCUUUUCGAUUGAGUGUCAUAGAACUAGACCCCAGGUGAUUGCAUAGUUUGAUUAUGGGUAGGGGUUGGGUUUUAUAAAGUUAUAUAACGUGACAUACUAUGGCUGAGUUAGGUUAAACAGAGUAACUUACAAAGUGCCACACCAAAAUUGUAGUGAAAUCAUGUGCAUUUACCGGUGAAAUAGAAUAAUAUUUUGUACGCUGUUGUGCGUGUUUCAUAUGAAGGGAAUCGAAAGCUUAAGCCAUUGACGCGGAUCGCAACCCUUUAGCUGGGUUGCGGUUGAAUGUAAUUUGUUUGUUGUUUGCGAAUAAAUAUGAAUAAUUUUCUUCCCUUUUUAUUGUGAAAGGCGGAA